CACAGCCCGCUAGGGUUCCACGCCUCCCCACAUAAAUACUCGUCCGCCUCCUCUUCCUCCCCCGACGGCCGCCAUCUCCUUCUUAGGUUUCAGUUCUCCUCCGCCUCCGGUCUCGAGAGCUCGCCAGAAUGGUCGCCCACAGGUUCCACCAGUACCAGGUGGUGGGUCGCGCGCUGCCGACCCCCGGCGAUGAGCAGCCCAAGAUCUACCGCAUGAAGCUCUGGGCCACCAACGAGGUCCGCGCCAAGUCCAAGUUCUGGUACUUCCUCAGGAAGCUCAAGAAGGUGAAGAAGGCCAACGGCCAGAUGCUCGCCAUCAACGAGAUCUUUGAGAAGAACCCCACCACCAUCAAGAACUACGGCAUCUGGCUGCGCUACCAGAGCAGGACCGGUUACCACAACAUGUACAAGGAGUACCGCGACACGACCCUGAACGGCGGCGUGGAGCAGAUGUACACGGAGAUGGCGUCGCGGCACCGCGUGCGUGCCCCCUGCAUCCAGAUCAUCAAGACUGCGACGGUGGACUUCAAGCUGUGCAAGAGGGACAACACGAAGCAGUUCCACAACUCCAAGAUCAAGUUCCCGCUGGUGUACCAGAAGGUGCGCCCACCCACCCGCAAGCUCAAGACCACCUACAAGGCGACGAGGCCCAACCUGUUCAUGUGAUCGGGUCCCUACUCUACUGGUCUGUGCUGUGUUUUAGCGUGUAAGAGUUUGAAGAUUUUUGCAUGUGGAAGUUUUGGUUAAGCACUUUGAUGAUGUUUUCAGUCGCUAAGGAUGAUGCUGCUUUGAUGCAACUCUUGACUUUGUUUGGUAUUAGUAAUGCGCAGCGGAUCCAUUGUUGCUUCA